AGUGAUUGAUGUUUAAACAGAAGAGGACUACAAACAUAAAAGACCGAAAGAGCUUUUGUUUCUGAAGGAAAGGAAGUGUACAAGAUGAGUUCAGGGAAUAUUACCGACAGCCUCAGCGAAACACAUGACAUCCCAACAAGAGUAGUAGGAGGUCCAACCACACCUAGAAGAGGACCCCAUAAAUUCAAACAGAGGAUGACAAGACAAUUCAAAAGCAAACCUCCCAAGAAAGGAGUCAAAGGAUUUGGAGAUGAGAUUCCUGGAAUGGAGGGUCUUGGCACUGACAUCACAGUGGUGUGUCCCUGGGAAGCCUUCAGCCAUCUGGAGUUGCAUGAGCUCGCCCAGUAUGGUAUUAUCUGAAGACAGGAGGUUUCUUGCUGAAGACGUAUUACUUGGACCUGUUUAGUGGACCAGACUAACCACCAUGUCUAUGACCCACCUCUUUAUCCCACCUGAGGGAUGCGGCACAUUAGGGGUAGUUUCCUUAAUACAGAUUUUAGAUUAAGCUACGACUCUGCUUCGGGAAUCAGGACAUUUAAGGAGUUUUUACAAACAUACCUAACACAUGACAUGACUGGUGUGUAAAACAAUGGCAAUGAUAUAUUUUAUAUGUCAAUGCAAACUGUUUUCAGUUAAGACAGCUCAAACAUGCAUUUUAGUCUGGGACUAGGGUUAAACUCUGUCUGGGAACCCCCCCAAAAACAAUUGCACCAUUGCCUUCAUAGUGUACUGGAAACCGCUGAGUUAUAUAGAAGCCAACACACCAGCCUUUGAAUGCAUUAUACAUUCAUCUACAUAAAAAAAUAAUACAAAAAAAAAUCUCUUUCUAAUGUUUUGCUUUUUCUGUAUGAUACAUGCUCAAAUAAUUUGUGUAAAAUGUGUACAAAUGUGAAAAACAUGCAAAUAACACAAAAUCAGAUUUGCUUAGUGUAUGAUCAUUCUUAAAUAAACUGCCUUGGACUUAUUUGCAUUA